AUGUUAGCUGUGCACUUUGACAAGCCAGGAGGACCAGAAAACCUUUACCUAAAGGAGGUGGACAAGCCAAGCCCAGGAGAGGGUGAAGUCCUCCUCAAGGUGGCAGCCAGCGCCUUGAACAGAGCAGACUUACUCCAGAGACAAGGCCAGUAUGCCCCACCCCCAGGAGCCAGCAGCAUUCUGGGACUUGAGGCAUCUGGAAAUGUGGCGGAGCUGGGACCUGGCUGCCACGGGCACUGGAAACCUGGAGACUCAGCCAUGGCUCUACUACCUGGCGGGGGCCAGGCUCAGUAUGUCACGGUCCCUGAAGGGUUUCUCAUGCCCAUCCCAGUAGGACUGACCCUGACCCAAGCUGCGGCCAUCCCAGAGGCCUGGCUCACGGCCUUCCAGCUGCUGCACUGUGUGGGAGGUGUACAAGAGGGAGAGACAGUGCUCAUCCAUGCUGGCACAGGAGGUGUGGGCACGGCUGCCAUUCAGCUGACCAGACUGUUCAAAGCCAUUCCCCUGGUGACUACAAGCUCCAAGGAGAAUAUUCAAAUGGCCCAGAAGCUGGGUGCCACAGCUGGGUUUGCUUAUAAGAUAGAGGACUUCUCUGAGGAGGCUCUGAAGGCCACCCAGGAUGUGGGUGUCAAUGUGAUCCUGGACUGCAUUGGUGGCUCUUACUGGGAGAAGAACCUCCACUGUUUGGCUGCAGAUGGUCGAUGGGUUCUAUAUGGCCUCAUGGGAGGAGCAGAAGUCAAUGGACCUCUGCUUUCCAAGCUGUUGUGUAAGCGAGGAAGUCUGCAGGCCAGUCUGCUGAGGUCCAGGGACAAGAAGUAUAAGGAAGCACUGGUGAGGACUUUUACAAAGCGAGUCUUAUCUCACUUCUCCCCUGGGAGUGCUGUGCAGCUGCACCCCAUUGUGGAUAAAGUCUUUGCCAUGGCUGACAUCCAGAAGGCCCACUCUCGCAUGGAGGCCAACCAGAACGUGGGCAAAAUUAUCCUGGAGAUGCCCUGA